UCAGCAUAAACCUUAAAGCCAGAAGCAGCACCCGGAGCUCUUCUUCGUCUCGGCCAUGGCGAGCGAGGCUAAUAGCAGCGCAGGCGAUGGCCUCAAGCUGCCAGAGAUCAAGUUCACCAAGCUCUUCAUCAAUGGCUGCUUCGUCGACGCCGUCUCGGGAAAAACAUUCGAAUCACUUGACCCACGUAACGGAGAAGUGAUCGCCAACAUCGCUGCCGGCCACAAAGAAGACGUCGACUUGGCUGUGAAGGCAGCCAGAGAAGCCUUCGACCAUGGCAAGUGGCCUCGCAUGUCCGGCUCUGAAAGGGGGAAGAUUAUGAUGAAAUAUGCAGACCUGAUCGAGCAGCACGCAGAAGAACUGGCGGCACUCGAGUGCUUAGACGCAGGAAAGCUGUUCUUUCUCAAUAAGAUGAACGAUGUCCCAGUAGCUUCGAACUUGGUCCGAUACUACGCAGGGGCGGCGGACAAGAUCCAUGGCGAGACACUGAAGCUGUCAGGGGAGUUUCAGGGGUACACACUGCGGGAGCCCAUCGGAGUAGUCGGCCACAUCAUCCCUUGGAAUUUCCCUACCAUCAUGUUCUUCUUCAAGGUCGCCCCAGCCCUGGCCGCCGGCUGCACCAUGCUCGUCAAGCCAGCAGAACAGACCCCACUCACAGCUCUCUACUGUGCCCACUUGGCCAAACAGGCAGGUAUUCCUGAUGGAGUUCUCAAUGUUGUCACCGGUUUUGGAGCCACAGCCGGAGCUGCCAUUUCUUCUCAUAUGGAUGUGGACAAGGUUAGUUUCACAGGAUCUACAGAAGUAGGACGGCUUGUGAUGGAGGCAGCAGCAAGAAGCAAUCUGAAGUCUGUCUCACUUGAACUGGGUGGGAAGUCGCCAGUUAUCAUCUGUGAUGAUGCAGACAUAGACAUGGCCGUCGAACUCGCUCGGACGGCCAUCUUUUACAACAAGGGAGAAAUCUGCGUGGCAGGAUCUCGUGUCUACGUGCAAGAAGGAAUCUAUGAUGAAUUUGUAAGAAAGAUAGCAGAAAGUUGCAAAUCCUGGAUCGUUGGAGACCCUUUCAGUCCCCAUGUUCAUCAAGGACCUCAGGUCGACAAGAAGCAGUUUGAGAAAGUUCUCAGAUACAUCGAUCAUGGGAAAAGAGAGGGAGCCACCAUACUGACAGGAGGAAAGGCCUGCGGUGAGAAAGGGUUCUACAUUGAACCCACAAUCUUCACAGAUGUCAAGGAGAGUAUGCUGAUAGCCCAAGAUGAAAUCUUUGGACCUGUCAUGUCCCUCAUGAAGUUCAAGACAAUCGAGGAGGCGAUUGAGAGAGCCAACGAUACAAGAUAUGGACUGGCGGCUGGGAUUGUGACAAAGGACAUCAACAUAGCCAACCGACUCUCGAGAUCGAUUCGGGCAGGCAUCAUUUGGAUCAACUGCUACUUGGUAUUCGAUAACGAUUGCCCUUUUGGUGGAUACAAGAUGAGUGGAUUCGGAAGGGACAAUGGAAUGCAUGCUUUGGAGAAGUAUCUCCAAGUCAAGUCUGUGGUCAUUCCCAUCUAUGGUUCUCCUUGGCGGUAGCAGCAUGCUUGAACUGAAGAAGGCAAUGAACCACCUAAAAGCUAUUGAAUGAAAAGAAGACAUUUUGGGACAACAACUACAUGAGGAGAAGGUUCCCAAUUAUAGAUCAA